UUACACUAUAGAGACCACAAAGAAAAUAUUUCAAGGCAUUUUAUUUCCACCUCAUUCAGCAGCCUAUUACAGCAAAGAGUAGCAGACAUGGCGGACAACACGUCUCAACAUAACUUCAUCAUGCACCACCACAUGGAGCUGAGCACCCUCACCGUGUACAGUGAGAACCGCACCAACAACACCAGCGCCAGGGAGCAGAACUCUACGACCUGCUCGCUCCGCAUUCCACAGGAGCUGUUCCUGACGCUGGGCCUCAUUAGUCUGGUAGAGAACAUUUUCGUGGUGCUGGCCAUCAUCAAGAACCGCAAUCUGCACUCGCCCAUGUACUACUUCAUAUGCUGCCUGGCCGUCUCCGACAUGCUGGUCAGCGUCGCCAACGUGGUGGAGACCAUAGUCAUGUUGCUCACCGAACACGGGCUGCUAGUUGUCACACCUGAAAUGCUGCGGCACCUGGACAACGUCAUCGACAUCAUGAACUGCAGCUCGGUGGUGUCGUCGCUGUCCUUCCUAUGCACCAUCGCCGCCGAUCGAUACAUCACCAUAUUUUACGCGCUGCGUUACCACAGCAUUAUGACCACGCAGCGCGCCGUGACCAUCAUCGCGAUGGUGUGGCUGACCAGCAUCACGGCCAGCAUACUUUUUAUUGUCUACCACUCUCACACCGCCGUCAUUGUAUGCCUCGUCACCUUCUUCUGCAUCACUCUUGUCUUCACCGCUGUGCUCUACAUGCACAUGUUCAUCCUGGCGCACGUGCACUCGCGGCGCAUCAUGGCCAUCUACAAGUCUCGCCGCCAGGGCACGAGCAUGAAGGGCGCCAUCACGCUCACUAUCCUGCUAGGGGUCUUCAUCCUCUGCUGGGGACCCUUCUUCCUCCACCUUAUUCUCAUCCUCACCUGCCCCACGACCCCAUUCUGCACCUGCUUUUUCAGCUACUUCAACCUCUUUCUCAUCCUCAUCAUCUGUAACUCGCUCAUCGACCCUCUCAUCUACGCCUAUAGGAGCCAGGAGCUGCGCAAGACACUCAAGGAGCUGCUCUUCUGCUCCUGCGUCACCUUUCGAUGCGAUUCCAUACUUGAGUGUCUAUUUCCAUGGAAGUUCACGUGACUGCAGGAUUUGUUCAGGAAUAAAAGAUUAUUUGAUAUUUGCGGCACUAUUAGGCUUAUGCCUGCCGUUGUUGUUGAAUUAACUGAAAUACAUGGUGAA